CAACACUUGUUCUGAUCAGCUGGAACAAUAACAACAAUAACACAGUCGGUUUGGCGCUCAGAUUAUAACUUUUAUGGAUGGAUUUCAGUCAAGGUGAUCAACAAGAUGAUCCAUAUAAUUUGUUUAUAGGAUAUGUAGAUUUUUUGGGGGGGAAUAUUUGCCAUUAUUUCGGUUUUGUCGGAUUGGUUCCUGGGUAUGCUGACCAAACGAGAGGGUGAAGAACUGAGUUGGCUGAGAUGACUUGUGUCAGAAGGUGCUGAUAGUAGCAUAUCAAGCCAUUGGACUUGAAUUCUGCCACAAAAUACAAUUUAGGGGACUAGAGUACCCCGGUUGUGUGUGCCAUGUCAGAGGCACUCAUAUCAGGUCAGACGUCGGAGGAUCUUUUGGCAGACUUUGAGUCUCUUUUGAAUGCUGGGAGUAUUGACCUAUCGGAGAACCACCAGAUAGUCAUAAUUUCCACCCCCAGCAAUGUGGGCUUAAACUCAGUUGUCCCCAGCAACACUGGAGAGAUCCUCCUGUUCGCUACCCCCCAAGGCCCUGCGGAUGUGGUCCAGGACCAGCGACGGCCAACUCUGGGACGACCACCGGUGAAGAGGAAGCUGGACUUGGACAGUGAUCACCAGUAUGUCAGCACCUCUCGCCCACCUUCUCUUGGGAGGGCCCCAACGUCCACACCAGCACCACCCAGAGUUCCAAAGCCUUCGACAGAGAAGUCUCGCUAUGACACAUCUUUGAACCUGACCACCAAGCGCUUCUUGGACCUGCUAGCCCAGUCUCCUGACGGGGUGGUGGACCUCAACUGGGCCUCACAGGUCCUGGAAGUGCAGAAGAGACGCAUCUAUGACAUCACCAAUGUUUUGGAGGGUAUCCAGCUCAUCUCCAAGAAAUCAAAGAACAACAUACAAUGGCUGGGGAACCGCAUUGAUGGAGCAUCUGUUUCCCGUUACCAGGACUUACAGAAAGAGGUCUCUGAUUUGACACAGGCGGAGGAGAAACUGGAUGAGCUCAUUAACAAGUGUAACCUCCAGCUCAGACUCCUCACUGAGGAUACCCAGAACAAGAAGCUGGGUUAUUUGAUGUGCCAGGAUCUACGGAAGUCUUUUGACUCUCCUGACCAGCUGGUGAUGGUCAUCAGAGCCCCUCCAGAGACCCAGAUGCAAGUCUCAGAGCCCAGUGAGGGCUAUCAGGUCUCCCUGAAGAGCACCCAGGGUCCCAUUGAUGUCUUCCUGUGUCCAGAGGACAUUUCUGGUGUCUGCAGCCCAGUGACAGGCAUCAGCCCUUCUAAAGCCACAUACCAGAUAAUGCCCCAGCCUGCAGAACCACAGUGCAGUUCCACACAGGAAAUGACAUCGUCAACAGCUGCGUCCCAACAGAACUCCUCUCCACUGCCAUUGUUUCGUGAAGCGGGAGCAGUCCUGGAAUGUGACCCGUUCCCCAACUUGGGAGUGCUGCCAGAAUUUGACCUUUCACCCUUGUCAUCCUCUGACUUCCUCAGUGUGGAGGGCCUUGGUAACCCACUGGAUGGGUUCAUCAACCUGUCCCCGCCACAAAGCCACAGCUACCACUUUGGUCUAGAGGAGCAUGAGGGCAUCACUGAACUGUUUGACUCUGACUUUGGAGACUUCACCCCACUAGAGUUGGGGUGGAGAGAAACACCCACAGAACAAGAAUGAGGUUGUAUCUCUAUGGAAACACCCAAUACACACCCAUUUCCCCUCUCAGAAAAGUAUUCCCAUGUGGCUAAAAUACAGAAUUGUACAGCACAGACAGUAAUGGACCAUGUACAGCACAGACAGUAAUGGACCAUGUACAGCACAGACAGUAAUGGCACUUAAGUCGUCUAGCAAAAGAGGUUAGCUUUAGAUGGCUAUUUAAUUUAUUUCUAUACAGAUAAUGUUUUUGUACCAAUAAUGUUUUUUUUUUUUUUUUURCCCCUUAAGUGGCUUGAGAAGGUGUACUUGUGGGAAAUGGAUUUAUCAGCUUGGAAGCUAAUACUGAAUUUGUUAUAUUAAGUAGGCAUUUUUGCCAUAGUCUCAGGUGUAAGGAAGAGUCAGACUUUUCUGCUAAGAGUUGGGUUUCAGAUGCAUUUUAAGAAGUCUUACAGUAUGUUGGCCAAUGGAAAUGGCAGGAUAUAGCCUAUGUAGGUUAA